AGAAGACUCAAGACAGCAGAGUUUGUCAAAUAAUUGAGUAUAUAUUUUAAAUGUUUUGUUUAAAUCUUUUGUAUGAAAUAGAAAGCAAUCAGGUAGGGACCCAAAAUAGGAUUCUACGUAUAUGUAGGUUUUAAAAAAUACGUUCACGAUAUAGUGUAAAAUGGCAAGCGAGGAUGUGAUUGAAUUGGGGUCCUCCGACGAUGAAGCCGAGCCUGCACCGAAGAAGAAAAAAACAACGCCAAAUGCAAUGGUGCAUAUACCAACCAAACUACCUGGCGUUACUAUAAAACCUACUAAAUCUGCCCCAUCUUCCAUCAAUAAAGGAUUACUUGCGAAGCCAAUCGUUAUAAAUACAUCUAAAUUAAAAGUUACUCCUAUAAACAGAGUAAAACCAAAAGCAACUUCCCAAGUAAUUAUGGUGCCUAUUCAGAAUAAGAUUGUGAGAAAUGAUUUAAAAAGUGUCCCAAGUGUUAAAAAUAAGACUGCAAUCAAUCCCUUAAGUAUUGUUCAAAAUUUAAGCAAAACACAAGUAGCUGUGAAGAAAUUACCUUCAAUAGUAACAGUAAAAAAAACUAAAGAAAUACAAGGGCAAAAAAUGUUAACUAAAUUGCCCCCAAGCAUUACUAUUAAGCCUGUACAUAGUGCAAAUGUAACAAUAAAUCCUAUUCAGAAAGCUGGUGCAUCUGGUAUCCAUAAAAGGAGGAUAGUUGGUCCAAAAUUGAAACCGCCAAGAGAAAUGACGACUGUUGAAAUAGAUGAUGAAGAUACAUUGGAAUCUGCUAAAGCUAGUCCUCAGUGGUACUUAAGACCUGAGGAUCAAAAAGAAAAAGCUGUAAAAGAAGAUAAUUAUGAUUCAAGUAUGAAAGUAAAUAAGUCAAGUAAGGAACCAUCUAUGGAAGAAAAGAAUAAUAAAGAGCCAGACACAACAAAGUAUGUAGAAAUUACAAUAGAAGAUAGUCCUUUGAAGCCUCCUGUACUUUCUAAGCACCCAGACAUAGGUAAAGAACUCACUAUCACUAUUGAGGAUAGUCCUGUCAAACCUAGUGCAAAAGCUAUCAAGGAUGUUGAAAGUGAUAGUGAAAUUAAUGAAGUAAAUGAAGAUAAGCAAAGCAAAAAGAAACUAAAAUAUCCAAAAACAUAUAAAAGCAGUAAAGAAAACCAUGUUGUGGAAAUAGAAAUAGAUCUCAGCGAGCCUAGCUCUGUUAUUGAAAGUGAAAACAAGAGUAAACCUGCAUCACCUAAACACAUACAAGAAGAAACUGAAAAAUCACCAAAGCAAUUUACUGGCACUGAAAAGGUUAAUCAUUCCAAAAAAAAAGUUGUCAAAAGUGCACAACAUUCACCAACAACAACAACACCAACAACAAGUGUCAUUGAACAAGCUAAAGAAAUUAUUAUUGAAGAUGAUGAAUUCCAUCCCACUUACCAGAAGUUUAUACAGAUGUGUUUUCAACUUGAAAAUACAGAAGAUAUGAAAAAAAUUGUAGAAAAAAAGAUCAAAGCUUAUUACCGACAAUGUCCCAAAGACUAUGUGGAAUCGGAAGAGUUCAUAGAUAUGGUUUCUAGUAAAAUAGUUUCAAUGAAGGCAUCACCUGACAAAAUGUAUUUAUACAUAAAGGAUAUUGUUGAUGAACUAAAUUUACAAAGGAAGAUGACAAAGUCAGUUGCAACAAGAGAGGUGGAUAUAAAAAAAGAUUCAUACGAUGUCAAAUAUGAAGAAUCUCGAUAUGACACUAAAAAACAAAGACAGAUUCGGAAAUUGGAGAAAACAAUAAAGAAACUCCACAGGGCAAUACAAAAGCUUGAGGAACAAGAAGUAGAUUUUGAUGACGAUGAGGAUUCAGUUUACUUGCUUACUGAGAGAUAUAAAGAGCGAAUGGUACGCGUCCAUGCGAAAUUCUGCCAACUUACCAAUACGAAAAUGCCAUCAGAGCCGCGUAUACAUAUAGAAGCUAGACCAGGACGGCCGACGGGUCCCGCGAAAAAGCUAGAAAAAUGGAUUAAUAGGAAGGUUCCUAUAGGAACCCCUUUGCCGUUUCCUGAUUUUCAUGAUGUCAUUCGUUGUGUCAGGGAUGCCAAUGAAGAGGAUAAAUUGGGUUGGACUGAUAUUGAUGUAAUGGAGGAAGCUCGCGAUUUAUUUACAAGAUGUGGCAAAAAACUUCAAAGACGUCGACAAGAAAAUGAAUGGCGUAUAGCCGCGUCGAGAAUUUCUGCGGAGCUGGAUCCGGCGGAAAAUAGCUUGGAUUUAAAAAAGAAGUUAGACGAAAAUAAAACAGUAGCAGCUAAGAGAGAAACAGAACUUCUUAAUAAAUAUGUUGACAGACAAAAUUUGUUAAAACUUGAAGCUGUAGAAAUCGGUGAUAAAGAAGCUGAAGAAUCACCAGUUGAGAGUGAAGAAGAAGAGGAUGUCGUGGAAAAUGAUAACUCGAUGGGAGACAAACAAAAGAGAAAACAAAGGCUUAAGAGACUUCUCCACGAAAAGAGUAAAAAAGUAGAAAGCAAAGAAAAUGUUGUAAGUAAAGAUUCUGACGAAAAAGAAAACAACAACGAAAUCAAAGAACGAGAAUCUAAAGAUAUCGAGCAAGAAAAUGUCAAUAAAGAAACAAUAGAAAACAAACGCAAUAUUGACGAGAAUAUUGUCGAGAUGGUUAUUGAAUCAAUGCCUAACGAGACUAAAGCUAUAAAGGACAAAGAAGCGGAUAGUGACAGUGUAAAACAAAAUAAAGAAAAUGAAAAUAACGAUAGUGAUACUUACAAAGUUGAGUCUGAUAUAGAUGAGUUACAUCUUUUGCAAAAAUUGCACUCAGAAAAUGAGGCCAAUUCAUCCACACUUGAGAGUUCUGAUUCUGAUACACCAAUAGCAAUCUCUGACACGCUUGAAUCAGACAGUGAACAAGAAAAUGGCGCAAAAACAUAUGAUGUUAUUAGCAUUGAAAACUCCAGCUACUCUGAGUCGGAGAUGAUUAUUGACGACUCGCCGAAAGAUUAUGAUACAAAUUCUUUAAAUAAACAAAACGUUGAAGAUUUAGUUACUGCUAAUUUUGAAAUUGAGUACUCUUCAACUGGAAUUGAAGAAACCAACAAAGAAAAAACGGUAAAUACGGCUGCAAUAGGGCAGGUUGAAGAAAAUAUUUUCCUUGCGUCAUCUGAUGAGGAAAUAAAAGAUAAAGGUACAGACAGCAUAGAAAUUGAAAAAAUGUGCAUAAAUUUAAGAGAUGACAACAUAUCCAUAUCGGAAACUACAGUGGACGGAGAAGCAUUUGAACUAGGGAAUGUAUCUAAUGACGAAAAUAGUAUUCCAGAAAAUAAUAAUGCAUUAGUGUUAGUUGAAGAGAGUCCUGGUGCUGAAGAAAAUGAGGAGACUGCAGAUAUGACGCAAGAGAAUAUUGAAGAUGAUCACAAUAGUUAUGAAAAAACAAUUAAGGAUUGUUCUAGGAUGGCAGAAGGAAAUAAAGACGAUGUAGAUUCGCCCAAAGAUAUAGUUGAUAUUAGAAGUGCAUCAGAUGUUAAUUCAGUAGAGAGUAUGGAUUUACAAACUGAUAACGAAAACAAAGAAGAUAGUAGCGAUCGUACUGAAAGAAUGGACAUCACUGAAUCUAAUUGCAAUGAAAAAAGUGAAGUAAUUAAAGAUACAGCCAAUAGUGAUACACAAAACAAAGUUCAUUCAUUAGAAAAUGAAUUUAAUGAUCAAUCCGUCACUGCUGAGACUAGUAAUUGUGACAUGAGUAUGGAAAUUUAAUAUUUAGAAACUUGAUUAACUUGUAAUAUAAAUAAACACACACCAAUCUUAUUGCAUUUAUUUAAAUUCGAGUAUCAAUUCGAGUGUGUUGCGUUGUUAUUAAUAGACAGCCUGUAUGUGAAAAGUGACAUAUUUUUUUUCAAAAUGAUUGUGCUUUACUAUGGGUCGAGCACACUUGCAACAUGCUGUUUGGUGAUGGUUGUGAAUUUUGAAAAUAUGUACAUACAACGUACUGCAAUUCGAUUUAUUCAACACAUGUGGCUUGGUUUGGAGAAGGGGUGUUGCAAGUGUGUUUUGACCAUAAUAUGCCAGUACUGGUAAGUGAUGUUGCUCUGCAAUAGUCCAAGAGAAGUCUAUGACUGUAUGGUGCCAUGUACAAAUGUGCACACAUAAUCUUUUAAGAUUAACAUUAACACACAUCUUAUUAGAUUAAUUUUGUUGUUUUUUUGUUGGAACUUAUAUAAAAUGGAUUAAAAAUUAUCCUUUUAUGUUCUCAUUGAUUUAAAAAAAUCGUUAAAUAUUUUAGUGAGUCGUUUUUAGUAGCAGUAUUUGGUUUCCAUAGACUAUUGCAAAGUAAUUUAUCUGCAUAAAUGUUAUUGUUCUUCUGCAAAAUGAUCUAUCAUUUAAUUCGUGGUAUUCGAUACCGGGCGACGCGCUUCGAUUAAUAAUAAUAAUUAAUUAGUAUAUCGAAAGACAUCACAAUUUGCCUUUCUUAAAUUGUAUCUUAGUGAAUUCCACAUUGUGUAAAUACUAAAUACAUGUAACUUUAUAAUACAUAAGGUGUCCAGACUUGUAUAUUUAUCCAUAGCAGUAUAGUAUUAAGCUGUUUUGUUACGUGUAGUCGUCAUCUUUCAGUUGGUGUCAGGUAAAACAACUUCUGGAAAUCUAUUCUGGCUAGUUAUGGUGACAUUAAGCCAUGACUUGCAUGGGUAGUGAAUUGAAGCUUUCUCUAUUAUUCACCAAGCUAAUAAGAUACACUUAUUGCUAAAUACUCAUAGCUUGGGCAAGAUAGGUCCUUUAUAAACAAACUAGACGAUGCCCGCGACUUCGUUCGCGUGGAUUUAGGUUUUUGAAAAUCCCGUGGGAUAUUCUGGUUUAAAAAUUUUUCGAUAAUUUUUCGCAUCCCGCGCUUAAAUAAAGUACAGAGAGAUAUUCUACUGUCCUUCGGAGCUCUUUACCUGACGUCAACUACUUGAAAUUCGUCAGCUUGUUUUCUUGUAAAUAAAAUGUUAGUACCAAUUAAGAUAAUAUUUUGACAAGAGGAGAAUAAUUUUGAAAAAAAAAACUAAUUGGAAGUUCCAGAAAGCAUAAAAGAAUCGUUUACACUUUAUACAGUAAUAAUAAUAGUAGUUUUAUAAUAUUAUAAAUGCGAAAGUUUUUUUUUUUUCAAUAACUGUAUAGGCUUGCGCUUAGCUGCAAUCAUACCAAACAGGAGAUGAUGCAGCCUAAGGCAGAGUGUGCCUGUCCAGAAGGUGCCUAUUCACUCUUUUGAAGAUACCAAUAUUAUAGUCAGCGGGAAAAACGAAAACCGGAACGGAAGUGUGUCUGUCUGACUGUAUGUCUGCUAGUUUUUCAUGGCCCAUCCGAUUGACCGAUUUUGAAUAGAGUUGUGGGUAUCAUAUUGUAUUAGGUACAUAGACUGCAUACCAGAAACGGAGCUACUUUUAGCCCAGAAAAUCAAAGAGUUACGUCGCGAUUUAAAAAACAAUAUCCACGCGGAUUUUCUUUCGCAUCAUCUAGUUAAUCGUAAAUCAAACUAUUACCUAUUCCUAAACUAUUCUCAGAAAUGCUAAGAUAGGACCAUAAACUUAGUACACUGUUGGAUAGGACCUAUUCUGCAGUAGGUAUGUUAUAUGUAUACAAUAAAUCUAUAUAGGUAAUAUGUGUAUAAUAUCGCCAAAAUUAUAAUUUGCUUACUAUCCAUACUUACUAUAUGAAUAAGACAACCUAAUAAUAGUAUUCUACAUAUUAUAUAAUUUAUAAUGUUUUUUAAUAAAUUAAAAUGAUUUAAGAUUAGAUCGAAAUCU